AACUUCCAUCAGAAACCUUCAAUUUCCUCCCAACAAGUGAUAAAAGAGCUGUGAUAACCUUACUCAAAAUGGCUAAGCUCGUUGCACUGAUUCUGGCUACUGUUGUGGCUCUGGUCGCAUCCGAGGAGCAACCCGCUGCGAUCGAGGCCCAGGUUGAGAUUGUGCAGAACAUCGGCGCCUUCAAGGCAGCCAACCCGGAUGUGGAGCUAGUCCCACUGGAUAUCGCCAGGAGUACCCGCCAGCAGAUUGUCUACAGCGUUGGAAACCGGAUCUCGGGAGACCGACUGGUGGCAGCCGACUCGAAUGGCCAGUCCUGGUCCUCCCUGCAGGAUGUGGCGCUGACCCUGAACUACCCCCGAUCAGGAACGGGGGCCGUUGUGACGUACGUCCAGGUUGUGGUCAACCAGAGCUCGAACCAGGGACGGGGCUACAUCACCGCCGGAGGAAUCGGCCAGCGUCGUAUUACGUUGGUCAUUGAGGCUUACAGUACCAACUACUUCAACUACAACGCGCAGAUCUAUGGAUAUUAAUUUUGAUGAACCCGUUCAUAGCCUAUCGGAAAUGUUUUGUUCAAUUUAAGUUCAAAAGAGAAAAAAAGUUUAAAGAAUAAACACCGGCAAGUUUUAUAAACAUA